AUGUCUGAGCCGCGGAAGCUGAAGAUUGCCUGCGUUGGCGCUGGCUAUGUCGGGGGUCCGACGAUGGCGAUUAUCGCCAAGCAGUGCCCCAACAUCACCAUCCACGUGAUGGACAUCUCCGAGGAACGGAUUGCCGCGUGGAACGCCCCCGGCCCCGGCCCCGGCGAGAGCCCCAAGCUUCCGAUAUAUGAGCCCGGGCUGUCUGACAUCGUUUACGAGGUACGCGACAAGAACCUCUUCUUCACCACCGACCAGAACUGCAUAAAGGGGGCCGACGUGAUCUUCGUGGCGGUGAACACCCCAACGAAGGAUAAGGGCAUCGGGGAGGGACUUGCGGCGGACCUUACGUACGUUGAAAGCUGCGCCCACCUCAUUGGGGAGACCGUUGGCGACGGCCACCACGUUGUAGUGGAGAAGUCUACCGUGCCAGUGCGCUGUAGCAUCUCCAUCCGCCGCAUCCUCAGCGCGUACCAGCGGGACGACAAGGUCUCCUUCUCCGUGGUCAGCAACCCGGAGUUUCUCUCGGAGGGGACGGCGGUGCGGGACCUCAUGGAGCCCGACCGUGUGCUUAUCGGCGGCGAGGAUGAAGCCUCUAUCAACCUCGUCUCCUCCAUUUACGAGAACUGGGUGGACAGAUCCCGCAUCAUUCGCACCAACUUGUGGUCGAGCGAGCUCUCCAAGCUUGUUGCGAACGCGUUUCUAGCGCAGCGCAUCUCGUCCAUCAACUCCAUCACCCCGCUGUGCGAGCUCACGGGGGCCGAAGUCACGGAAGUGCGCCGGGCCAUCAGCACCGACAGGCGCAUCGGGGAGCUCUUCCUCAACCCCUCGGUGGGCUUCGGUGGCUCCUGCUUCCAGAAAGACAUCCUCCACCUAGUGUACCUGUGUCGCACGCUCGCCCUGCAUGAGACGGCGGAGUACUGGUCCCAGGUGGUGAAGAUGAACAACUACCAGAAGGAGCGCUUCUACCAAAUGAUCGUCCACAACUCCUUCGACACCGUGCGAACGAAGACGAUGGCCAUCAUGGGGUUUGCCUUUAAGAAGGACACUGGCGACACGCGGGAGAGCCCGGCCAUUUACAUCUGCGCCCGCCUGAUACAGGAGGGCGCCAAGUUGCGUAUCUACGACCCCAAAGUGACGCGGCAGCAAGUUAUGAUGGAGCUAGAGAACUUCUUCAACACGGAACACCUGCUGAAAGGAUGCACAUACGAGCGCUUCAUGCGGGAUGCGCCGGUGCACGGUCGCAACAACGUGAAGGACAUACUGAAUAACGUGGAGGUGGUUAACACGGCUCUGGAGGCGUCCGUAAACGCAAACGCCAUCGUCAUAUUGACGGAGUGGAACGAGUUUGCCACAAUGAACUACGCGAAGCACUAUGAGGUGAUGAAGCAGCCGGCGCUGGUUUUUGACGGUCGUCUCGUGGUCGAUGCGGAGAAGUUGAUGGCAAUCGGGUUCGAGGUGUGCGUCAUCGGCAAGUCGCGGAUCUCAAGCCACGACGGCUUCCCGUACGGAACUCUGUGA